AUGCUUCAUCAGAAACAGUUCGUUCGCAAGACGCGCAAAGGAGCCAUACAGCGGGUGGUGCGCGAACAUUACCUGCGCGACGACAUUCCCUGUGGCGCGCUGCCCUGCGCCAAGUCGCCCGCCACCGCCUGCGACAAAGAAUCCGCUCGCCUCUCGCCUAAUAACGAAACCAUCCUCGUUAUAGACACCAACGUCGCCCUGCACCAGAUCGACCUGUUGGAGAAUGCGGCGAUCAGCAACGUGGUGGUGCUGUCGGUGGUGCUGGAGGAGGUGAAGAGUCGCAACGUGGCGGUGUAUGGGCGCCUCAGGGCGCUCGUGGCGGAGGAGUCACGCCGCUUCUUCGUUUUCUCUAAUGAGCACCACAAGGACACGUACAUCAAGGCAGAGCCAGGGGAAAGUCCCAAUGACAGGAACGACAGAGCCAUCCGGGUGGCAGCGCAGUGGUACCAGCAGCACCUGGGCGGCAAAGUGCCGGUCGUGCUCAUAACAGACGAUAAAGCCAACCUGGCAAAGGCGGUGGCGGGCGGCACAAAGGCCAUGAGAGUGCGAGAGUAUGUGGCAUUGCUAGGGAGUGUGGAGCUUAUGGAUUUGGUGGUUAGCGCGGGGGAUGGGGAGGAGGGCGAGGGAGGGGAGGGAGGAGCAGGAGGGGAGGGGGAUAAGGCGGCGAGGGAGGAGGAGAACCGAGGGCUUCGGACGAAUUUGUCUCGCAGCAAGAGGAAGAGAAUCUACUCUGAUCACAAGCCCAUGUCAGCCAUAACAGCGGGGUUGCAGCGGGGGCUGUACCAUCAGGGCAAGCUGCGCGUGAGCCGCUACAACUGCUUCGAGGCGUUUGUGGGGUCCGAGUCGCUGGGGGACGAGAUCCUCGUUAUAGGCAGAUGCGAUAUGAACCGCGCCGUGGACGGCGAUGUGGUGGCGGUGGAGCUGCUGCCGCGGGAUCAGUGGAAGGAGCCGACGAGUGGCGCGCUGAGGGAGAGGGAGGACGACCAUGACGAUGCUGCUGCGGAGGAGCAGGGCGAGGAGGACUCAGUGGGUCUGCCCCCCGCCUCGGCAGACGAUGCGCCUUCCACUCUCUCCUCUGCUGCUGCUGCGCUCUCCCUGGAUAAGGAGGGGGACGGCAAGGGGGAGGGGGGUGGCGGAGGAGGGGGGAAGGACGGGGGAGGGGGAGAAGAGAGAAAGGGGCCGUCAGAACUGGCAAGGCCAACGGGGCGGGUGGUGGGGAUAAUCAAGCGCAACUGGCGCACCUAUGCAGGAUCCCUCGCCCCCAUGCGCACGCCCCCAGCGUCAGGGGGAGCAUUGGUGCGCGCCCUCUUCGUCGCGGCCGACCGCAGGGUGCCGCGCAUCCGCGUGGAGACAAGGCAGGCCGCCCAGCUGAUGGGCAAGCGAAUCCUGGUGGCCAUUGACAGCUGGCAGCCCGACAGCGCGUUCCCCUCGGGGCACUACGUGAAGACUCUGGGGGAUAUUGGAGACAGGGAGACAGAGAGCGAGCUGCUGCUAAUGGAAAACGACAUUGAUGCGCGUCCCUUCUCGCAGCAAGUGCUGGCGUGCCUGCCGCCGCUCCCCUGGUCCGUGUCUCCUGCAGACGUCACAGACCCGCGCACCAAGAGGGAGGACCUGCGCCACGUGCGUGUGUUCAGUGUGGACCCCAUCGGGUGCCGGGAUAUCGACGAUGCUCUGCACUGUGUGCCACUCCCCAAUGGCAACUUCGACGUCGGCGUUCACAUAGCGGAUGUGACCAACUUUGUGCUACCGGGCACGCCACUGGACGUGGAGGCAUCGCAGCGCGGCACAUCUGUGUAUCUCGUGGAGCGCCGCAUUGACAUGCUGCCCAAGCCCUUGACUGAAGACAUCUGCUCCCUACGUGGCGGUGUGGAGCGACUGGCCUUCUCCUGUAUUUGGGAGAUGACUUGUGAAGCAGAAAUCGUAUCGGUGCGAUUCACCAAGAGUGUUAUCAAAUCUGCUGCUGCGCUGUCCUAUGUGGAGGCACAGGCUCGCAUGGAUGAUGAGCGCAUGCAUGAUGACCUCACAAGGGACCUUCGCAACCUCAACCGCCUUGCCAAGGUGAUGAGGCAGCGGCGCAUAGACAGGGGAGCACUCACCCUGGCAUCACCGGAAGUCAAGUUUGAGAUCGACACCGAGACACACGACCCCCUCGACGUUGGCAUGUACCUGGUGCGGGAGGCCAACCACAUGAUAGAGGAGUUCAUGCUGGCAGCCAAUGUGUCCGUAGCUGACAAGAUCCUCCAGCACUUCGCCUCCUGCUCGCUGCUCAGGCGGCACCCCACCCCAUCGCCCAACAUGUUUGAGCCGCUGCUGCGCACAGCAGAGGCGGUGGGGAUUGCAGUUGACACCUCCUCCUCCAAGAAUCUUGCUGACUCGCUUGACCGCGCUGUGGGCCCUGACCCCUACUUUAACAAGCUUAUCCGAAUCCUCACCACUCGCUGCAUGACUCAGGCGGUGUAUUUUCCCAGCGGCCAGCUGGCCCCUGCAGAGUACCACCACUACGGCCUCGCAGCCCCCAUCUAUACCCACUUCACUUCCCCCAUCCGUCGCUACGCUGACGUGGUGGUGCAUCGCCUGCUGGCUGCAGCCAUAGGGUUGACACCGCUGCCGGAUCAGACCAAGGAUAAGACUGCUCUCACCGCCCUCACUGACAACCUCAACUAUCGCAACCGCAAUGCUCAGAUGGCGGGGCGAGCAUCAGUGGAGCUUCACACGCUCAUAUUCUUCCGCACUCGCCCAACGGAUGCGGAGGGUCGGAUAGUGAUGGUCCGCUCCAAUGGGCUGAUCGUCUUCGUGCCCAAGUAUGGCAUCGAGGGACCAGUCUAUCUCGUACCCAAGGAACCUCCCAAGGGGAAAGCUGCUGCAGUUGCUGCUGCCAACAAGCUCGAUGGGAAUGCACCAUCUAGUGACUGGGUGGUGGAUGAGAAGUCGCAGACGGUGGAGUCGAAAGACGGGAAGCGGCGAUUUAAGCCAUCCAGUGCAAGCCGCGAAUCCGUUUGGCGAAACCUGAACCGCGCAUGGCGCAACGGCGGCGACAAUGAUGCGCACCUCGCGGCUCCCUCCAGGGAAAACUCCGGCAAAUUCGCGACGCCAGCAGCGGAUAGCUCCGCGGUCUACAUCGUCCGCCUGAGUACCGCGCCUCCCCUCUCCGAAUACCGCGGCGGAAUCGCGGGCUACCCCGCGACGGCCACGUGGGACGACGGCAGCGACGAGGAGGGCGACAGCGACGCCGUGCCGCAGAUGAUCCUCCCCGUCGGCGAUUCCGCCGCCGCCGCAGGCGACGAGUCCGUCGAUUUGGACGACACGACACCCCUUUCAAACGGAACUGUGCCCACGCCACCCCCAAACGCCACAUCUGACGCCGCCUCCACUCCCAACGCUCGCGGCGGUCGCGGCGGUAACGGCAACGGUAACGGCGGUCGUAACGGCGGCGGCGGGUGCCCGCGACACCGGCUGAGUCUGAGCAUGGACCGCCCCCAGGUGGCGGCGUUCGCGGGGCUGCUGCAGCGGCAGCAGGCGCAGGUGGCAUCUGAGGCGGGCUUACCUGAAGACGGGCUGCUCUACAGCUACAAGCACACGUCCAACGGCUUCGCCGCGCGCCUCACGCCGCGCCAGCUGUGGCGGCUGCGGCGCAACCCCGCCGUGGCGUCCGUCCGCGCCAGCCGCGUGUUUCGCCGGCAGACGACCGACUCGCCGCAGUUCCUGGGGCUGCCCGGGAAGGUGUGGCCGGCAAUGGGCGGUCAGAGCAAGGCGGGCGAGGGCACGGUGGUGGGGAUCGUGGACACGGGUAUCUGGCCCGAACACCCGUCCUUCAGCGAUAAGGGCCUAUCCGCGCAGCUGCCCGCGGGGUGGAAGGGCAAGUGCGAGCAGUCGAGCUCGUUCCGGUGCAACAACAAGGUGAUCGGCGCCAAGGCCUUCUAUGCCGGUUUCCAGCAGAGCAGCGGCCGGCCCGUGUUGAGCAACGACUGGCUCACGCCGCGAGAUGCGGACGGCCAUGGCACGUGGUGCGCGGGGGCGGCCGCGGGGAACCCCGUGAAGGUGCAAGGAGGCGGGCAGGUGAGCGGCAUGGCGCCGGCAGCGCGCAUUGCGGCGUACAAGGUCUUCUGGACGGACGGCAACGGGGACAUGUACGCGACGGAAUCAGACAUCAUCGCAGCCGUCAAUCAGGGCGUGGCGGACGGUGUGGAUGUGCUGUCGCUGUCUCUGGGCGGCGUGAAUCCCGACGACAACUAUUUCAACGACCUCGCUUUCAUGCGUGCCAAUGCUGCCGGGGUGUUUGUCGCCUUUGCUGCCGGCAACGCCGGGCCACCCGGGCGUGGUGGGUUCUUCCGCACGUUGGACAACUUCGCCCCGUUCUACCUCACCGUUGGCGCCAGCACCAUCGCCCGAGGCGGCGCCUCCCUCGCCUCCUCUACUGCCGGUGCUCAGUCGCUCGCUCUCAGCGCCAGCCCAAACAGCAACAUCAGCUGCAACGGCACCGGCGGCAGCAACAGCACUGAUGGUACGGACGGCAGCAGCACCGUUCUGACUGCGGAUGGCGGCAUCACGUUCACGACUGCAUCCUCCUCCGCCCCGGUGGUGGCUGACUUCUCUUCCCGCGGCCCCCUGCUGCAGCCGUCCGCCACGGCCCAGCCGCCCAAGCCAGGCAACGCCAUCUUAAAGCCCGACAUCAUCGGCCCCGCAGUGGACCUCGUAGCCGCUGCUCCCGGGAAGAAACCCGGUGAAACCGGCGCUCUCGCGCGCAUGUCGGGCACUUCCAUGGCCACUCCGCAUUUAGCCGGGCUAGCCGCUUUAAUCAUCCAGAAGUACCCCAACUGGACCCCGGCGCAGGUGAUGUCAGCACUGAUGACGACGGCACGGGUGACGGACACGAGCAAGAGCCCGAUCAAGAGUGCGACAGGCGGGGAGGCCACCCCGUGGGAGAUGGGCGCAGGCCACGUGUUCCCCCCGGCCAUGCUCGACCCCGGGCUUACUUACGACGCCCGCGACCGCGACUACCAGAACUUCCUGGCCGGGCAGGACCUCAACCGCGCCAAAAAGGAGUUCCCAGGGGUGUCGCUCUCUCCUCUGGCUGUUCGGAACCUCAACCUGCCCACCAUCACUCUGCCUCGCCUGCAGGGCUCCCUGCAGGUCACCCGCACCGUCACCAACGUGGGGCAGUCCCGGUCCACAUACAGUGUAUCUGGGAAGGCGCCGCAGGGGGUGAAGGUGGGUGUGUCGACUAAGACCCUCACGCUGGCUCCCGGGGAGAAGGCGAGCUACACGCUGACGUUCACGGUUGAUACACCCAGUAAUGACUUCAAGUAUGGGUUCAUAGUCUGGGCUGACGACCAGGGUCACAGCGUGCGCUCCCCCCUUGUGGUGCAGCCGAUCUCUCGUUGA